UCUUUCUGUCUUUCCUUCCUUCCUUCCAUUUUUUGGUCACCCUUCUGCAUAUGGAGCUUCUGGGCCAGGGAUCAGAUAUGAGCCGCAUUCGCAACCUAAGCCUCUGCUGCGGCACCACUGGAUCUUUAACCCACAGUGCCGGCCUGGGGAUUGAACCCUCAUUCCAGCGCUCCCAAGAUGCUGCUGAUCCCGCUGCACCACAGCAGGAGCUUUGAGCGGUGACUGUUUUAAUCUAGAAUUUAGGGCAGGCAUUGUGUCCACCCCUCACCAUUGUCGUGUCAGUCUCACUUUCCUCCUGGCUUCUCAGCCAUCUCCUAUAUUUAUUUUUCCAGUUAAUUUUCCUGCUGCCCAGUGGGCUCUGUAAGUACUUGAUCAGGGGCGUGUUGUAGAUGGUACAGAAUCUCAGGAAACUUACUGCUGAAAGGGACCAUCAUCCAGCGCUCUCCCAGUAAUCAGGGACCCUGAACCUUGAGGCUGCGCCUUCCUUUGGAAACCCUAGAAUCCAUUCUGACCAAGACCUGAGAGGGCUGGGUCCAGGCAGGGGUGCCCGCUCACCUGAGGCCACAUUCUUUCUCUUAUUAUCAAAGCUGAUUAGCGGGAUGUAGAUGUGCUUGGCUCUGAAGUCUCUCCUAAUCUUUUCUUUCUUUGUUGCCUAGAAUUUAGAGAAAGCAAAGCCAGUGGUGAAAUGUAUCACCUUUCAGAAACGAAUAGCAUCUUAAUUGACUCCCUUUGAAAACAUGACAAACUGGGAUUUCUAAGUCCGAGUGUAAUCUGGUACCCUUGAGGUUGGGACCUCCAGCUGGGGCGUGCUGGGGAGACUGGUCCACCUCCAAGUUUGUUUUCUGGCUCCAAACAAACGAAUGGCUGUUUGACGAUUGGCACGCUACCCGGUUUUAAAAGUACAACCAUAUAGGGUAUGGAAGACUGGUAACCAGGGGGUUUAAGAAGUGAGGUCAUGGAAGGCCCAGAUGAAACGCUUUUAAUGGGUAUCACGACAGCAAUUAAUCUUAUUAACAUGCCGGGCCCGGAUCUGCUCUCCCUGCCCCGGGUGUGCAGAAGGUAUUCGAGGGCAGGCUUUGAAGGACUCUCUUCUUUGAUGGUGCAGAUAGAUGACAGAAGCGUAUCAAACUUUGUAUCUGGUAUCAUAAAGGCCUUUUGUGUGUCCGUGCAGAUGCAUUCAGUUUUGAGAAGCAAGUGAAAAAAUCUUGAUGCACGCUGGUAAGAUGGACAAAAGAGGAUGAGUUUUAAAUGCAGUCUUGGAGCUGUGUUCCCUGGCCCCAGGCAGAACCAGUUGAAAAGGAGCGAAGCCCCUUUCUUGAUGCCCAGCAUCCAGCUCGUUCCACCUCCAGGAGUGAAAGAUUUAAGAACAUGUGGGUCGUUGGGAGGCAAGAGUAAACACAGGAAGCAACAAACGGCAGAAGGUGUCGUGAUGCGAAAUCUGAAUUGCUGGGGUAGCACAGGGGUGCCGGAGAUAGAGGAUGUGGAAAAAGAGAAGGAAACCCACAGUUACCUCAGCAAAGAGGAAAUCAAAGAGAAAGUGCAUAAGUAUAAUUUAGCAGUCACAGACAAGUUGAAGAUGACCUUGAAUUCAAAUGGGAUUUACACUGGCUUCAUCAAAGUGCAGAUGGAACUCUGCAAGCCUUCCCAGUCUUCUCCGAACCCUGGAAAACUCGCUCCCAGCAGCAACGGCUACAUGAACACGCUUCACAUCAGCAGCACCAACACUGUCGGGGAGGUGAUCGAGGCCCUGCUCAAAAAGUUCCUUGUGACCGAGAGCCCUACCAAGUUUGCACUUUAUAAGCGGUGUCACAGGGAAGACCAAGUCUACGCCUGCAAGCUCUCAGACCGGGAACAUCCACUCUACCUGCGUUUGGUCGCAGGGCCCAGGACGGACACACUUAGUUUUGUUCUUCGUGAACAUGAAAUUGGAGAGUGGGAAGCCUUCAGCCUGCCAGAGCUACAGAAUUUCUUGCGGAUCUUGGACAAGGAAGAAGAUGAGCAGCUGCAGAACCUGAAGGAGCGCUACGCAGCCUACAGACACAAGCUGGAAGAAGCCCUCGGCGAGGCGUGGAAGCCCGGGUAACGCGUGGGGGCUCCCUGCCCCUCGGGCUCGGGGACGGCGUGGGACCUGCGUGCAAACCCAGCAGCUGGUGUCUCUCUUGUCGGAGGGCGGUUUUCCUGCCCCAUGAUGCUCGGGCCUUUCCCCUGAACGAAAUUUCUAGGCCUAGUUCCCCACGCUGGUCACGCAGCACUUCGGCGCCCUCCGGGAGGGAUCCUGCACGCUUGUUCCGUUUCGGCACCGCGGUCUUACCUCUCGGCAAGCUGUGAACCUGUAGUCUCAUCUGGAGCAUUUUGGGGGGCUUUGAAGCAUGGACUCUUGGGUGGUGUUUUUGUUUUUCUUCUUCUUUUAGCUCGUUGUCCUUAGGAUGUGAUGAGGAUGUGAAGCUGAAGGUUGUGCCGGUGCUUCGGUGGAAGCUUAGCAAGGAAUCGGUUGGAAUACUUAUCCUAUGUUGAAACUACCUGUUGGUUUAGGGGGUUUUGGUGUUUUAAAUGUCAGAGAAAACAAUCUGUGGGAAUUGAAGGGCACAGGAAGCUAGGACCUCUGAGGAGUUGGUGAAGGAUUCUGGAGGAGUCUGACCAAGAAAGUGAAGAGUAAGUUUGGAAGAGGGUGGGUGGAGGCGGGGAGCCCUGAGGGACGGUGGUUUGGGCCAGGAGUGGAGGGUAGAGGAGGAGGUGAAUUUGCUUGUCGAUGAGUUAAACGCUUUCCGUUUUGAGACGUUCAGUUUAGAGACCUUAAACCCACUGUCUAUGGCUUGAUUUCCUGGCGAGUCAAAUGUGGGAACAGAACCAAAGAAAGUAGGAGCUAGACCGGAAGGAGGGGCUGACUGCAGCGGAGCAGGGAACCCAGCGUGGAUAUUCACACGGGACAGAGCUGCCCUCUCAGCUGCCAGCCCCCAUUCGGCCUUCUCUUCUCGGGGUGCGCGGUCCGAUGGGUGCCGCUUCUCUGGGCCGUGGGGCCGUGGGCCCUGAGCAUCUGCGAUGACUCCUGUGACGUCACAGCUUUCCUCCCAGGUCCUUUUCAAAGUGGAAAAGGAGUUUGGGAAGGAGGCGGCUUUUUGCCACCACCCCCCCCCCCCCCGCCCCCCAGUUAUUAGCAGCCGGGAGGUCGAUCCGGUGAAGAGCUCCCGGCACACUUUGGUGACAAUCCCUCCCUCCUCUGCCUCGGCUUCCCUUUUUUUUUUUCCCCUCGCUCCUCCCUCCUUCCCUGUACUCACUUCUUUCCCUUCUCCCUUUGUUUUACAAGUUGAAGCCUCAUCUUACACAGAGCGGAACAGUGGUGUGGGUUAAAGACCCAGGACUGUCAGAUCCUCAGUUCCAAAGGGUGACCACCUGACUGUAAGGAGGAGGGUAGCGUCCACCAGCCCCCCCACUUGACCACACAGGAGGGGGUUCUUUAUGGAGGUGUUUUCACACAAGUGCAUGUUCCUGCAAACCAAAGAGUGCGUGUGCAAUAGGAGCCUUCCUCGGAGCAAGUGAAAUAACCUCAUUUUACACAGCAGUUAAUCUGAAAACAACAGGAAAGUUGUGCUGUGCUUCUGGAGUGGCCUUACAGUCUGUUUUUAGUCUAGAUAUUGUUUGUUUAUAAAUUCCCAAGGAAUUGUUAACACUUUGGUGACACCUAAUGGAUUCUUUUUGAAAUUCCAAGGUGCUUCAGUUCUUUGCCUCUUCAGUGAACUGUGGCUUUUUUUUAUUGCAUUUCUUUGGUCCUUGUGGUGGCCCUUCUGACUUUUCAGAGAACACCCUUCUUGUUGGAGGCAGAUGUAAGUGUCGCUUCUGCUUUGCCACAUGCAUUACUGAGACAAUCAUAUCUUCCUGAGCUUUUUAAGGAAAGUUGGAAAGAAAAAAAAAAGUAGAACUAGCUAUAAAAUAUGUAUGGCACCUCUUGUUUAAUUUUGCAUGCAACUUCUUUUUCGUGCAUUAAUGAGGUUUUAGUGACAUUGUCAUCUAACACUUUACCUUCAUUGUUCAGGGAAUGCCUUCAUGAUUUUUGUACUGGUUUUACUAUUCAGAGAAUGGCUUGGGUGUGAGGAUACUGUUAUCAACCACCUGGUCUUUUAAUUACCCAUCCCAGUAAGCGCUUAUUUUGUGAAGCCUUAUGUUUCUCAGAUUCAGACACUGUUAGAACCUUAAUAUAGUAGUUGAUGGGUAUCUGUGAAUUUUUUUUUUUUUUUUUUUUUUUUACUUGAAGUAGAUUGUCUAAAUUAGGCAUCCUCAUCUGCAUUAUCCGGGACCUCGCUCACUGUCAUGUGCACUACAAGUCGCAAUUUGGAAAACUGUGUCGCAAUCCUGUUGGUUCAUGGUUCUUGAAGACCGACGGUCUUUCCCAAAACACUGGCGACUGCAGCAGCAUUUUUAAUGUGUAAAAGGCCACUGAGGCCAAAGAUUUUUUUAAAAUCAUUGUACAAAUUCUGAUGUUAAACUAUUAAGCUUUGCUGUAAUACUGUUUUCUCUUCAAUAUGUGAUGGUACAGGAACGAGGUUAAAUGAAGGGGUCGUAUUGCAGGGGAGCAUUUUAAAUCACAGAAGUAAAAAAAUUAUAAUAUUUAUAAUUUUGAUGAAUUUAAGUUUAUUUUUAUGGGGAAGAGUUUUCUUCUCUAAAAUUGUUUCUGGAAUGGCAAAUUGUUUCCAUUAUUAAAAGUUGAAGUUGUUAA